AUGAGUAUAAAUAAAAUAUCUUAUAGUGACGAAUGGAAAAAAGAGUUAAGAAAAGCAACAAGAUCAAGUUUAAUAAAUAUUACAAAUGAAACCGAUUUUCAACUUCAAAGAAUAUCUUGUAAAUUACAACAGGGUACAUUUAGAUUAAUUCCACCUGAAAUUAUACCUCCAAAAUCAAGUAUUGAAUUUGGGUCGGAAAGUAAUACAUUUAUGACAGGUACAAAGGGAUCAGUAAUUUAUAUUAUAUUACCACAUCAAGUGGCACCAGUUAAUGUGGGUUCAAUUCAGUCAUUAACACAUUUAUCAAGUUUAAAAUUAUGGGAACCAUUUUUAUAUGUUGUAAUUGAAUGGUCAACACCAUAUUGGUCAUCACACAGCUGCAGUAUUCAAUUGCAACCACAACAAUCCUCAAACCUAUUAAAUGUCAGAAAUACAUUAACAAUGAGGGAGAUUAACAAACAAAUUCAUUCAGAGGCAAGUAUGUUUAUACAUGAUAGUGAAAAUGAACAAAUUUCCUUUAAAGUUUAUAAAACCACUACAUCCCCAAGUAUAUCACCACAAUUUACAUCAUUACCAAAAACAUCUUCACCACAAUCAAGUCCAACCAUAAUGACAAAUAAUAGUCCCUCAACAAGUUUUUUAAAUAGUUCUGGUUUUUCAAUAAGUUCAGCAACAAUUGAUAGCGAUUAUACCGGCAUGGGUUCAAGUUAUUCUCCUAUGACUACAUCUCAAUCAACAUCAUCAAUACCAAUAGUACCUGGAAUCAAUAACAGCAAUAAUAGUAAUAAUAAUAAUAAUAAUAAUAAUAAUAAUAACAAUAACAAUAACAAUAGUAAAAAUUCGAUAUCAUCAUCAUUACCAACAUUUUUUUCAAAUAGUUUAUCGUUUCCUUUACCAUGGUCAAGCGAUUCUAAUGAUAAUAAUUGGAAAAGUAAUAUUAAAAGAGGGUCAAGAGGUCAAAUUAUUGUAAUUAAAAAUAAUACAGCUAAACAUUUAAUACGUAGAAAUCAAGCUUUAAACAGUGGCAGAUGGUGUGAACCACCACCAGAAGGUAUACCACCCAAUAGUUUAGUUGAGUUUGGUAGUGUCAGUAGUGGUUUCGCUCAAGGCACAGAGGGUGUAAUAUAUUAUCACUCUCAAGGUUCAAAAGGUGAUUUUAGAUUUCAAUUUAAUAAUCCACUUAUGGGCAAAGCAAGUUUUUCGUCACAUUGCCCAAACAAUUUUAAUAUUGAAGAGAAAUACUUGGAUGGAAAUAUUUCAACAGUUUAUUUUCAAAUUAAUGAAGGUGAAAAGAGCAGUAGUUCAAAUGAAACUGAAAAUUUAAAUUCAAGUAAUAAUAGUAUAAAUUCAGAAAAAGAAAACAAAGAAAAAGAAAAUAUCAAGCAAAGUGUAUUUAUUUAUGAUGACUCGAUUAGAAUAUUUUCGUUUAAUAUUGGUAUGCUAAAUGUUAAGGAGUUUGAUGUAGACAAAGAAGAGACAAGUGGUAUUUCUGGUAAAAAUAAUAAAGACAAUUCCAAUAUUUUAAAUUUUAGAGAAAAGGAAAAGGAAAAUAAUAAUAGCACCAAUAAAAGCAAGGAUCAAUUAAAUUCAAGUUUAAUUAAUAAAAGAGUAGAGAAAAUUGUAAAGAAUUUAAUCAAUUUUUCAGAGAAAUAUGAUAUUAUUUUAUUACAAGAGGUGUUUUUAGACUCAUCCAGAGAAAUCCUAGUAAAGAACCUCAAAGUAUUUUAUCCUUAUAUCAUCGAUAGAUAUUGUGAAAAUAGUGGUUUGUUUUUUGCUUCAAGAUUUCCACCAGUUUGGAGCGAAUUCAGACAAUUUAAUAAUGGUAUUGGUACUGAUGUUAAAUAUUUAAGAGGUGUUCAAGGUGUAAAAUUAGAUAUUUCAACUAUUAAGGAUAACUCAUAUCUAUAUGUAUUCAAUACCAAUAUUCAAUCGAAUCCUGAUAAUUCAGUAGCAUGGCAAAUGGUAAAUGGUGAUGAUAAACAAAAAAAAGCCUCAACCGUUAGAACUUUACAACUUCAAUCAAUUCGUGAUUUUAUCUCGACAGAGUUGGCAAUGCAAUCAAACUCAAUUUCAAAUUCUGGUUUAAUUUUAGUUGGUGAUUUAAAUAUUAAUGCUGAAAUCGAACAGGUUAUUUCUGAUGAAGGUAGCAUUACUCUUAGUCAGAUAAUACCAGAGCUAGCAAAGAAGAUUAACAAUAAAGAAUUACAUUUAACAUUUAGCUAUCAAUUAUUAGAACAUUUAAAUGAAUUAAAUAUCCCAAUGAGAUAUUUGGGUAUACUCCGUUCUCAGGUCAAUAACAAUCGUAUGAAGAGUCUAAUUUUAACUGAAAUGAUAACCUUCAUCAUUAAAAAAGAUAUCAUUGAGCAUUUAACACAACGUCAUAAUCAACAUCAAUCAAAUAUUUAUGAAGAUGAACAAAUCUAUAAAGAGGUCGUAUUGGAUACAUUCAAUUUAGUUUUCCAUUAUACUCGUAAAGAUUGUAUACAAUUUUGGCGCCAUCAUCUUAGAAAACGUCUUAGAGCAGAGUUUAGUUCAGCACUAUCAGAAAUCGAACAACAAGAAUGGGUAGAUUUGCGUACACAUGUUAUAAAUUUACAAUUAUUCAAUAGCUUAAAGUAUAGUUUAGAAAUUACAUUAAAUCCAAAAGCAGUGUUCCAAUUAAUGAAGGGCUCAAAAAUCAAUACUAAAGAGGUUUUACCAAUACCAUUAAUCCAAGAUGAUCAAAUAGAGGAGAUUAUUUUACCACCAUUAACAAGCUAUUGGGGAUCUGAAUCAAAUAACGACAUUAAUUAUUUCUCAAGUAUCGACUAUUUAAAGAAAUUACAAAAAGAACAAAAACAGCAGCAAUCACAACAACCACAAUCACCACCACAAUCACAAACUCUAAACUCUGAUAGUUUGAAUAUCAUUGAUAAUCUAGAUCAAAAUUCAUCCCAAUCAAAUAAUAAUAUUCAAAUCUAUUUGAAACCAACCGAAGAGUAUUUAGAAAUGUUAAAGAUUUUAGGUAAUCCAGUAGAUCUAUUUAGGGAAUGUAAUCCAUUUUUACCAGGUUAUACAAUUCACCAAGCAUUAAAUCAAAGAGUAGAAAAGACCUCAUCAAAAGAAAGAAUUGAUUAUAUCUUUAAUUUUAAACUAUCUCCAAAUUUUGGUGAUCACGAAGGAAGAAAUCAACUAUUAAAACUUGAUUGUACAGAAAUUAAUUUAUUACCAAUGGGUGCGACACCACAAACAAGAUUAUCCAAUCAUUUCGCAUUAGAAUUGGGUAAAAGAUCCAUAUAUGACAUGUCGUCAGAAACUGUAAUUCAAGUAUUAUCGAGUGAAAUUCCCGAUAAUAAAGAUCAUUAUAAUAUUUUAUUAGAUGAAGAUGACUUUAAUGAAGGUGAUAGUGACGAUAUUUAA